AUACAUAACCCCGGCGGCUCACUCUGGUAAAGAACAUCAAAAGCAAUGUCGGAUCAACAAGAUGGGGGCGGUGCCUCUGAAGUUCUCAGCAAAAAUGCUCUCAAGAGAGAGUUGAAGAAUAAGCAGAAGGAAGAGGAACGAAGGCGUAAAGAAGAGGAAAAGGCUAAGCAGGGUGCUGCAGUGUCAAACUCCCAGGUUUCAAAGCCCCAAAUGGUAGAUGAUGAGGACAUGGAUCCAACACAAUACUUUGAAAAUAGGCUUAAAGCCAUUGCAGCUUUGAAGAUUGCUGGGAGUAAUCCCUAUCCUCACAAAUUCCAUGUUUCGAUUUCAAUCCUCGAAUAUAUAGAGAAUUAUCAAAGUCUUACAAAUGGUGCUCAUCUUGAAGAUGUUCAAGUAUCUUUGGCUGGGCGAAUCAUGAGCAAGCGAUCUUCUUCAUCAAAACUGUUCUUUUAUGAUUUACAUGGUGGUGGUGCAAAAGUUCAAGUCAUGGCCGAUGCGAGGACAUCCGAGAUGGAUGAAACUGAAUUUUCCAAGUUCCAUUCUUCUGUUAAGCGGGGAGAUGUUGUUGGUGUUAUUGGAUAUCCAGGAAAAAGUAAGAGAGGAGAGUUGAGUCUUUUUCCACGAUCAUUCGUAUUGUUGUCCCAUUGCCUCCAUAUGAUGCCAAGGCAAAAGUCUGGACCUGGUUCAGAAAAUACCACUGUGAAGGAUAUAUGGGCCCCGGGAAGUGCUCGGAAUCCAGAGAGUUACAUACUAAAGGACCAGGAAACACGAUACCGUCAACGGUACUUGGAUCUAAUGUUGAACACGGAGGUUAGACAUAUAUUCAGGACCCGAGCGAAGAUCAUUUCAUAUAUCAGAAGCUUUCUUGACAAUCUUGAUUUCUUGGAGGUUGAAACUCCUAUGAUGAAUAUGAUUGCUGGGGGAGCAGCUGCACGCCCUUUUGUGACACACCACAAUGAACUCAACAUGAAGCUGUUCAUGCGUAUUGCACCUGAACUUUAUCUGAAGGAGCUAGUUGUUGGUGGACUGGACCGUGUCUAUGAGAUAGGAAAACAGUUCAGGAAUGAGGGGAUCGACUUGACACAUAAUCCUGAGUUCACUACAUGUGAGUUCUAUAUGGCUUUUGCUGAUUAUAAUGACUUGAUGGAGCUUACAGAGAAAAUGUUGAGUGGGAUGGUCAAAGAACUAACAGGUGGCUAUAAACUGAAGUAUCAUGCCAAGGGGUUGGAUAAUGAUCCGAUUGAUAUUGAUUUCACUCCCCCUUUCAGGAGGAUUGACAUGAUUGAAGAGUUGGAGAAGAUGGCGAAUCUCAACAUACCAAAGAAUCUUUCAAGUGACGAAGCUAACGUAUAUUUGGCAGAUGCAUGUAAGAAAUAUGACAUUAAAUGCCCUCCUCCCCAAACGACAACUCGUCUGCUGGAUAAACUUGUGGGACACUUUCUGGAGGAGACAUGUGUAAACCCUGCUUUCAUCAUUAACCAUCCAGAGAUAAUGAGUCCAUUGGCAAAGUGGCAUAGGUCAAAACCAGGCCUGACUGAACGUUUCGAAUUAUUUAUCAACAAACAUGAACUUUGCAAUGCAUACACAGAGUUAAAUGAUCCUGUAGUACAGCGGCAACGAUUCGCUGACCAACUCAAGGACCGACAAUCAGGUGAUGAUGAAGCAAUGGCUUUGGAUGAAACAUUUUGUACGGCUCUGGAGUAUGGUUUGCCUCCAACUGGUGGUUGGGGGUUGGGGAUCGAUCGACUAACUAUGCUGCUGACAGAUUCGCAGAACAUCAAGGAAGUUCUUCUCUUUCCAGCCAUGAGACCCCAGGAUGAAAGUCCUACUAAAGUAUCAACAGACUAGAAUGGCGAUGGUAAAAUCAUGCCAUGUUCCACCAUUUUGAUAAGGAAAAUCUAGAAAGGAAAUGGUAAGGUGGUGAUCUGUUUUAGUUGUGUAAGAGAGCAUGGGAGCCCGUGUCUACUUCUUUUCAUGACGAAUGUAUUUACUUGUGUAAUAUUAAUAAACCGUACCAUAGGUAAUAAAAUGACAUAGAUAACUUCUUUUUUGGAUAAGUAAAGAUAUUAUUACCAAAAAGGCAUAAAGGGAAUGCCGCCCGAGUACGAUAUAGAUAACAGGUGACAUCUGUUGCCAUAGAGCAAGUGUCUGCUUAUUUGAUAACAUUUCAUUUGUCAAAAAUAACUUUUUUAACUGAGAUUUUUUGUUAGUUUUUGACAUCAUGCUAAUCUACUUUGUUUGGCAGUAUCAACAGCCUAGAAUGGAGAUGUUAAAAUCAUGCCAUGUUCCACAAUUCUGGUGCUCCGAUUCUUCAACUCUGUUCCGAGUUAUGGUUGUCCUCUUAGUAUUCAGUUCACUUGAUGUUGUUUGCAAUUGCAAAUCCUUAUUUUAACUGGACAUUGGAUGUAUUGUAUUCUCUCUUAUGUGUUCACAGCUAUUUGUUUUUUUCUGAGCUUGAUUAAGGCUUGCAUCAUGUGAUGAGAAAAGCUAUUCCUGACACUGUUUAAGCGUAUGCGUUAAAUUUAAGGGAGAAAAGGAGAAAGGAAAUCUACAUAUGGUUCCUAGUUUGAGACAGUUGGGAAAAGCUAUUGCGAAAUAACUGAGUUUAUUUUCCUUCUUUCA